CGGACGCCUUCGCCUCCUUCUACUCCUGGCACUGCCGCCACCGCUCCUCGCGCUCCUCCCCGACAGCCACCAGCCCUCCGCUCCCCGUUCGCUCGGCGCUCGGCUGCUGCAGUCAGGAUCUCUGGCGCUCUCUUCUCUCUCAAGUUUCCUGUCUGCUCGAGAUCAGGGCACAGGGAGGAAAACACCCAGUUCUGCUUGUUGUUUCAGAGCAGCGAUGAAGACGAAAUUGAACAUCUACAACAUGCAGUUACUGCUUCUUGUAUUCUUGAUGUGGGACCCAGCCAGGUUGGUGCUGGCUGGCAUCCAAGAAGAUGAGGCUAAAAAUAACAUUACCAUCUUUACAAGAAUUCUAGACAGACUUCUGGAUGGUUACGAUAAUCGGCUUAGACCAGGACUGGGAGACAGUAUUACCGAAGUCUUCACUAACAUCUACGUGACGAGUUUUGGCCCUGUCUCAGAUACAGAUAUGGAAUAUACAAUAGAUGUUUUCUUUCGGCAAAAAUGGAAAGAUGAGAGAUUAAAAUUUAAAGGUCCUAUGAACAUCCUUCGACUUAACAAUUUAAUGGCUAGCAAAAUCUGGACUCCAGACACUUUCUUUCACAAUGGGAAAAAAUCAGUAGCUCAUAACAUGACCAUGCCAAAUAAACUUCUUAGAAUCCAGGACGACGGGACUCUGCUGUACACUAUGAGGCUUACAGUUCAAGCUGAAUGUCCAAUGCAUUUGGAGGAUUUUCCAAUGGAUGCUCACUCAUGUCCUCUGAAAUUUGGCAGCUAUGCAUAUACAACCUCAGAGGUCACUUAUAUUUGGACUUACAAUGCAUCUGAUUCAGUACAAGUUGCUCCCGAUGGCUCCAGGUUAAAUCAGUAUGAUCUGUUGGGCCAGUCAAUUGGGAAGGAAACAAUUAAAUCCAGUACAGGUGAAUAUACUGUAAUGACAGCUCAUUUCCACUUGAAAAGAAAAAUCGGGUAUUUUGUGAUUCAGACAUACCUGCCUUGCAUCAUGACUGUCAUUCUCUCCCAAGUGUCAUUCUGGCUUAACAGAGAAUCCGUGCCUGCAAGAACCGUGUUUGGUGUGACGACUGUUCUGACCAUGACAACUCUAAGCAUCAGUGCUCGGAACUCUCUCCCCAAAGUGGCCUAUGCAACUGCCAUGGACUGGUUUAUUGCUGUUUGUUAUGCAUUUGUGUUCUCUGCCCUCAUUGAAUUUGCAACUGUUAAUUACUUCACCAAGAGAGGAUGGGCUUGGGAUGGGAAAAGUGUAGUAAAUGACAAGUCCCCUUCAAUAAAAGCUGAAGGCAGUACAUUAACAUACAACUCAGUGAAGGCAAUUCUUCAAGGAGCUAAGCUCAUAUGGCCCAAGUACAUAGCUUUCUCAUGGCCCAGUUUAAUCCAAGGAAAGACUUUAGAGUACUUAGAGAAGUGGAUGGACUAUAUAACCUUCAAACAAUCUUCUAAAAAAGAGAAAGCCUCUGUCAUGAUACAGAACAAUGCCUAUGCAGUGGCUGUUGCCAAUUAUGCCCCGAACCUUUCCAAAGACCCGGUUCUCUCCACCAUCUCCAAGAGUGCAACCACGCCGGAGCCCAACAAGAAGCCAGAAAACAAGCCAGCUGAAGCCAAGAAAACCUUCAACAGCGUUAGCAAAAUUGACAGAAUGUCUAGAAUAGUUUUCCCAGUUUUGUUUGGUACCUUUAAUUUAGUUUACUGGGCCACAUAUUUAAACAGGGAACCUGUGUUAGGGGUCAGUCCCUGAAUCUAGACACAGGUUAACUUUGGGAUGUAUAAACACCAUUCGGCUUGGUUUGUUUUUGCUAUGUACAGUGUGACUAAUAACUGCUAAUUUGUGAACCAUCAUGUAUAGUAUGUAUAUAGCAAUAUAGCUAAACAGUACACCUCUAACGGAGACACGCAUUUGCUAACUCGUGGAACUGUAGGCCAGAAGCACCCUAUGCCCGAAUCAAGACCGACCUUAGGAACUGGUUUUUAAGGUGGAUUUCAGGUGACCUGAUUUCUUUCCUCUUCUAAUAGCAAUGACAGUAGGGAUCCUAUACCACACUUUAUGAACCCUUUUGAUUUAGGUCUUAUAGAGGAGUGUUUUGUACUGCUGCCUAAUUAUAAAGUAAGCUAGCACUGACAUUCAAAGAUAAAUUCUUCUACAUACCAGGACCACAUUUCUGCAACAGCAGCCCCUUCCUGAGCACUCCUAGCAUAAUUGGAAGCUUAGCACACAUCAGAAGAAAAGCUAGAAGUUUGACUACAGCUUUUAAUUAUUCUAUAAAGUAUCUAUAGCCAUGUGCAUAUUACAGCAUGACAAGCUCAAAUAGUUACAAAUAACCCCUGACAGGAUGUUAAUUAUGCCUGGAAUAUAGUAAUUCCUGGAGUGUCAUGGUCAUUACAUUUUUUAUCAUUAGAGUUUAUUUGAAAGUGAUCAUUGAAAUCCUAUAGAUCAUUUUAAUCACUGGAAACUACCUUAAAUUUAAAAAAGUAAAAUUGAUGUGUCUUAUACUUUCCAGGUUUGUGUUGUAUCAAAAUCGAUGAGCUAAAUUUUCCUGGUGCUGGUGACUGGAGAAAGCAUCCAGUUGGGCUGCUGUGGGGCAACAUUCCUACUGGAUUAGAAAACUGUGCCAAAAACUCCCACCAGUGAGAAUUCAUAGGUGUCACAGAGUGUAGUCGAACACUUAUAUGAUUCUCUUCUUUCCUGUUUACUGCAAAUUCUGCCUUAAGGCUUCUUUUCAUCAGGACUCAGAAGCCACUAAUCACAAUGGAAAGGGCAGUUAAUUGGCACGUUUUUCUGUCUUGAAAGCAGCACUUUCAGAUAAGAAUUAUUGUAAAUCUGCUUUUGUAAAUUGCAACUUUAAAUUUUGCUGACCCAAAUUUACAACAGCUUUGUAUACCAGAAGAGGUUUUGGUAAGAGUUGAACAUUUUUAAACUGAAAUUUCAAAGGGUCGCCAACAAAUUGUGAAUUCACAUGCACAAACAUAACACACAUAAUUAGUGAAAUUAGAACACGUACACAAACAUGUAGCUAAAUUAAAAACCAAAAUUUU